GCCAGUUUGUGCACGAUAUUGAGCAAAGUAGAGAGGGUCGCGUCGUGGCAGCAAUUUAUUGUUUAAACAAAAACACAACAUGCUGCAAAUGGAUAUAAUUGCAGUGAUUUUGGCUUUCAUACUCUGCGCAAAAUCAGUCUUAGGGUUUGGAAUGGACCCUGACUUGCAAAUUGAUGUCACUACAGAAAUGGAUCUUGAUAAUACAACGACGGGAGUUGCUCAGGUACCGGGAUUAUAUAAUAACAGCAAAGCAUAUUUGUUUCAAGAUGUGGAGAGACAGAUAGAGGCAGCUCCACACAUGACCGAGAAAAUGAUUCAACUGCUUAGAAAUAAAAGCGAGUUCACAGUUGUAGCAACGAUCCAACAAAAGGUUUUAACUUCUGGGGUCAUCUUGUCCAUCCAUGAGUCUGAUCUCAGGUAUUUUGAACUGGAGAGCAGCGGUCAAAGGGAUGAGAUAAGAUAUCACUACUGUUUCAAUGGUAAACCCCGCACCGAAGUAUUCCCAUAUCGACUGGCUGAUGGACAGUGGCACCGGAUAGCACUCUCAAUCAGUGCUUCUCAUCUCUUGCUGCACGUGGAUUGCCACAGGAUUUAUGAGCGUGUCAUCGAUCCUCCCCAGACCACUCUCAGCCCAGGAAUCAGUGUGUGGCUUGGUCAACGGAACAGCAGACAUGGGCUAUUUAAGGGCAUUCUGCAGGAUGUCAAAAUCAUCUUGAUGCCUAAUGGAUAUAUAACACAGUGCCCAAAUCUUAAUCGCACAUGUCCAACGUGCAGUGACUUCCUUAACCUGGUGCAAGGCAUUAUGGAUCUGCAGGAACUACUUGCGAAAAUGACGACAAAAUUGAACUAUGCUGAAGCCCGACUGAAUGAGCUGGAGAGCUGCUACUGUGAGAAGACCUGUCAAGUGAACAGAGAUGUGCAUCGCAGCAUGGAAUCAUGGGUUGAAAAGUGCAAAAACUGCACCUGCAAGAAUGGAGCCAUUGAGUGCAGGCGAGUAUCAUGCCCUCCUCUAAACUGCCCAGCAGAUUUUCGGCCAGUGUAUAGACCAGGCAAAUGCUGCAAAGAAUGUCGACCUAUAUGUCUCUAUGGGGGUCAGAAGCUUGCCGAAGGUCAGAGAGCUUUGAAAUCCAAGUGCCGUGAAUGCAGAAAUCGAACAAUGGUCAUUGUUCAUGAGACCUGCCCACCUCUGGAUUGCCCACUGAAUGAACACAUUCAGCCAGAAAACAGAUGCUGUAAUGUAUGUCGUGGCCAUGAUUUCUGUGCAGAAGGGCAUCAAUGUGGUGAAAACUCUGAAUGCUGGAAUCUGAACACGAAAGCUAUCUGCAUGUGCAAAAAUGGCUUUGUACCCAUACAGGGUGACACGGCGAAUUGUGAAGAUAAAGAUGAGUGUGCGAAUGGCACACACUACUGCCAUGCAAACACUGUGUGUGUGAAUGUGCCUGGAUCAUAUCACUGUGACUGUCUCCCAGGAUACACCAGAGUUGAUGACUACUCCUGUACAAAGCACGAUGAAUGCGGAAGCAGACAGCACACCUGCGACGAGACAGCAAUUUGCACUAACACUGUUGGAGGCCACCUGUGUACCUGCAAACCUGGCUAUGUGGGCAAUGGGACCAUCUGUCGAGCAUUCUGUGAAGAAGGCUGCAGGAAUGGUGGAAGCUGUGUCACUCCAGAAGUGUGUGCCUGCCCUCCUGGGUUCACAGGAAGAAGCUGCCAGACAGAUAUUGAUGAGUGUGCUGAAGGCAUCAUACAGUGUCACAGACACGCCCGUUGUGUCAACCUACCAGGGUGGUAUCACUGUGAAUGCAGGACUGGUUACCAUGACAACGGCAACUAUUCAUUCACCGGCGAGACCUGCAUUGAUAUCGAUGAAUGUGCCACAGGAAUGCACAGUUGCUGGAAUGACUCAGUCUGUGUAAAUCUGGAAGGAGGAUUUGACUGCCGAUGUCCUUUUGGUGAACAUUGCACAGGCGACUGUCCCCAUGAUGAAGAAUUAAAGCGCAAUGGACAGGUCUGGACCUUAAGAAAUGAUCGAUGUUCUGUCUGUUCCUGUCAGGAUGGCAAGAUUUUCUGCAGGAGGACAGUUUGUGACUGUCGCAAUCCAAACGUGGACCUCUUCUGCUGCUCAGAGUGUGACACCAGGGUGACCAGCCAGUGUUUGCAUCAGAAUGGACAUCUGGUUUAUCGCAGUGGUGAUAUCUGGACUUACAGCUGCCAGCAAUGCCGAUGUCUGCAGGGAGAAGUGGAUUGCUGGCCUUUAACCUGCCCAGCCCUCAGCUGUCAGUAUACCACCAUUCCAGAUGGAGAAUGUUGCCCACACUGUGUGAGUGACCCCUGCUUAGCUGACAAUAUGGUCUAUGAUAUCCGGCAGACGUGUAUAGACAACCAUGGAAUAACACGACUAAGUGGCUCGAUAUGGACCAUGGCUGGAUCCCCCUGCACAACUUGCAAGUGCAAGAAUGGAAAUAUCUGCUGCUCAGUCGACGUGGAGUGCCUCUACAACAACUGAAGCUCAUUUUCUGGACUGGUCUACUUCCUGUGCGGACAGUGCAGGUAACCGUGAAAACAUACUGCAAAAAGGCCCUCACGUUGUAGAACCAAAAGCUACCAAAUUGAGCAAGAUUUCCAAGAGUUUGUGUGUCGUGGAACAACCCUGCACUUUUGUGGCUGUCCAGUUCAAUACGUUUCACUUUCAACUCCAGGUUGGGACUUUCCAUUACCAUGCUGUUAGAAAAUAACACUUCUAUAUUUUUUACAGAAUCUUGGUGGCUAUGUGUGAAAAACUGGAUUGUUAUAUCUGACCGGAUUUGUUGUCCUGUUUCUUUGUAAAUCAAUUAUCUAUAAUACUGUGUAAUAACCCUUUGAGCACUGACUGUCUUUUGCUGUUUUUAAAAUUCAUGCAUUUCUGUCAAACAAUUCAACAAAUUAAAUGCCAUUGAACUUCAGUGCUGAACAUAAUGAAGAAAUACUUUAGACUAAGAAAAUAACAAAAUACGUAAUUUUCUUUUGGAAGAAGGAUCCAAAAUGGUUCCAGUGAAACAAUUCUCAAUUUUAAUUUUGGUUGUAAAGAUACAGUGGCGGUUGUUCCCUGGGUUGUGCAUUCAACUGUUCUUUAGAGAUAAAGUAGCUUCCAUUUCAUUACCAAAUGAAAGAUAUGCACUCCCUUUUCAAAGGAAAAACAAAUCUAAAAUGGCAAAGUAAUACUUUCCAACAAUUUUGUGAUCAAAGCCAAUAUGAACAUUGAAAGAGGCAGAAAUUUUAUCAGCUUAUAAAUCAGAACUAAACAACUUACCAUUAGCUUCUGCUUGUUUUUUUAUGUAACACAUAUGUUGGAAUUUUUUUCUUUCUUUCACUGAUGCAUUGCUUUUUCUAUUUUUGAAUUUUCAUAGCAACUAACAAGGGAUCUUCUUAAGAUGACACCCGUGUGGUUGAUUGUACUGUUUGAUUGUGUUGCUUUAAUUGAUUUGCCAACAGAGUUGAAAAAUAGUAAUAAUCCUAAGAGCAACAACAUUCCAGCAGUAGAAAGACCCACCGGAGUUCUCCACUGGGGAUAUGGCAAUUUGGAGAACCUCGUGGAAUUUCAAGGCCAUUGUAUCCUUGCAUUGGCACAGCCUGUGUGAAUUCAAACUGGAAAUGAUUUAUUCCUGGGACAUUUCCUGCAAUUAUGAAGCAGCAACAAUAAUAAAAAUAAUGCUAUAAUUAACUCUAAUUACUUUGAGUCACAGCCACUGUAAUUUCAGAAAUGUACUGGCAUCAGCUUUGACUCAGUGCUUUGCUUUGCAAGAAAGAGCAAGUAAUCUAGAGUGACGCUGUAAUACUCUGCUAAUAGGGUUGAGGAUGCCAUCUUUCGAAUACAGCAUUAAAUUGUAUGUAAAAGAUGCCUCAAUGAUUGUAAAAGGACAGUAGGGGAUAGCCAGUACUUUUCUCUCAAUUGACACCUUGAAUGGAUAAUGCAGUCAGUGUUAUUUACAGGACAUUGCUGUGUGAAAACAUGCUGUCAUUUUUGUUAAAACAAUGACUACAUUCCAAACGUAUCUUAUUGACUCCAAACAUUUUAGCAAGUCCCGAUACAAUGAAAGGUGCUAAAUAAAUGUAUAUUCUUUCAUUACGCUUCAACUUUCUCAUAAAAGUAGGCAAUAAUGGAAGAACCUCAUUUAGGAUUGUGUAAAUCAGAUAUAAAGUAAAUGCAUCAGUCUCCAGGUCUCCAGUUAUAAGUUGCAGUUUUGUUGAUACAAGGCAGGGUUAGUUACAAACCCAUUUUUAGGAAGGAGAAGCUGGAACAGAGGGCUUUCAGAGCAGAAUGAAGGAAGAGAGGCUUUAUGUGGCUGGUCCAGAUGAGUUUCUGGUCAAGGUGGCCCCAUGAAUAUUGAUGGAGGGGAAUCAAUAAUUCUAAUGCCAUUGAAUGUCAAAGCUAGAUAGGUAGACUUUGGAGACUGCCACAAGAAUACCAAGCAUAAAUGUUACUUGCCAAUUAUCAGCCAAUGCCUGAAUAUUGCCUAGAAUUUGUGGCAUGAAGAUGCAGGCUGCUUUAUUGCUGAGGAACUGCAAAUAUCCCCACAUGAUGGAAGGAAGACUGGUGAUGAAGCUGCUGAAAAUGGUUGGAUCUAGGAUAGUACAGUGAGGAAAUCCUGCAGUGAUGCCUUGGGGCUGGGAUUAUUGACCUCUAGCCGUGAUCCCCCUUGUGAGUCGUGUUUCCAGCCAUUGGAGUGUUUUUCCUUUGAUGCCCAUUGACUUUGGUUUUACCAGAGUUUCUUAAUGCCACACUUAAUACUGCCUUGAUGUUGAGGGCAGUCACUCUCAGCUAUCCUCUGGAAUUCAGCUCUUUGGGCCAUAUCUGGAGCUGAAUGGUAUCGAUGAAACCCAAAAUGGACGUGGUUUAGCAGAUUAAUGAUGCGUAUUGCUGUUAGAUAACAUGGUCAGAAAGUCGUGACAUUACUUUGCUGAUGUUGAGAGAAGAUUGAGCUGAAUUCAGUCAGAUAGAGGCAUUUGUCCUGCUUUUCUGGCUGGACUUGCAUGCGAAUGCUUCUGUCUUUUCUUGAGCAUUCGCUUGCUGGGCCCUGCCACUGUUGAGGAAGCAGUUAAGAGUCAGCUGGCUUGCUGCAGGUCUGCAGUUGUCUGUGGCCUCACACAAUGUAUGUAGGAUCAGAGAAUUCUAAAGGCGCAGAAGAAAGCUUCCUGACUGAGCAGUUGAUUCAAUCGCAUUAUUUAAUCUUUCCCCAGAGCACUGCAAGUUAUUUUCUCUCAAGCCUCUAUGCAAUUCCCUUUUGAAUGCCCUGACUGAUUCCGUUUCCGUCACCCGAUUGGAAGUGGGCUCCAGACCAUAACCAAUCUGCAUAAUAAAGAUUUAUGUCACAUUCCUCCUUGUAUCUUUUGUCCAUCACUUUAAAGCAAAACUCCCUGAUCUCUGGAGCAUCUGCUGAAGGGAAUAGCUUCACACUUUUUACCCUACCUAAACCCAUCUUAAUCAUGUAGACUUAUGUCAUGAUCCAAGAAUAUCCCCAGCAUAUGCAGUGUAAGGCUGUAGCUGAAAUCCCUGAUUUCUGGAACCAGUCUAACUAAAUUUCUUCUGCACUGUCUUGAACCUUCAUGGCACUAUAACACCUGUGGACUAUAUGAUGGGCUUUUUUUUUCCCCACCUGUGUUCUUUUGCUGCCUCUUCAGUUCUUCUGAACUUCUGUGCUGCUAUUUUAAUUCUUCUGUUAGCCCUUUGCUCCUCCCCCCAUCACCACUACCCCUCCGUGUGACUGCACCAUUCAAAUGAUUAAGUUUGCCAAAGUGAAUUUUGCAGAUUAUAAUGAUUUGCAAGGAGGUACUUCAGUAGCCAUGGUUUAUAAACAUUUAACAGAUUUCUGAAUAGUGCAUGUGGUAACUUUAGUAUCCAAAGUAGAUUAUGACAAGAAGGUGCAAAGGUAUGUUUAACUCCACAAACCAGGGAAUGAAGGAUAGAGUGCAAGAGCUAAGUCUUCAAUUAUCUGGAAUCCCUCCUUCAUCGAGCCAUGCAUUCUGUAUUAGCGUCCCUGGAUAAGCUCACGUACCCCAGACUGAACCUGUUCCUAUAAUAAGUGAAUAUGAAACACCCCACUGAAACACAGCAUGUGAAUACAUUUAACAUUAGCUUCUUUUAAAUAACAUGGCAAUUGUUAGCAAAGUACGAACAUAUCUAAAUACCUGUCUAAGCUUGCUUCUUCAUAUGGUUCUUUGGAAGGAUCACACUUUAAACAUGGUGCACAUUGCAUGUUACUACAAAAAUAUAAUGUGUCACUGUGUUUAUCAGCCAACAAAGACUGCUUGCACCUGACAACACAUCCAUCAAAAAUAUUUCUUGGCAAUAUCACCACCUAUCUGGUAUUGUUUUAGAUGUAAGAAGACUGUUUUCUGUAGAGAAUCCAGCAGUGGGUCAAUGCCAAAAGUUAAAAGGACAUCUGCUACUAACAUGCACCAUAAAGCUGGCAUGUUAUGGUUCAUCUGCUGCUAACACACACCAUAAAGCUGCCACAGUAUGGUUCAGCUGAGUAGACUAUGGUAUAAUCUCAGCUGUGGUCAGGCUGCAACAAUGGCAUAUGUUCAAUGGUUGUAAAGAUAUUUUUGUCCAGAAGAUGCCGUAUAACAACAUCUCUCUUUUUUGUUUUUUCCUUCUUUCUAUAUUUGUAUCCUUUUUCUUUGUUUCUUAUUUUGUUCUUUUUCUUUUCUUCUUGUCUUUUUCUUGCUUACUUUAUUCAUUUAUCAAUACCUAUUUUUCUCUGUCUUCUUUGUAUUUAUGCCUUCCAUCCUUCUAUUCAUUCUUUCUCUCUUUCAUUUCUUUAAGUGGAGUCACAUAAAAAGCAAACAUCUUUGGUGGCACUAUCACAAAUUCAGUACCUAUCAACAAUUGGGCUGCUUUAGUACAACCGAAAACACAAACUUGCACUCAUUCCUUUCACUUUAUUGUCUUCCAAAGAAAUUCAUUAUCUCCGGAAUCUUUGAGUUGCUAGAAAAUAGAAAGCCAACAUCUAUCCAGCCCAUUUCUGAUGUCACAGAGCCAUCCAACAUUGCAACAACCCUUCAGCGUACCAUGUCCCUACCAACCAUCAUGUACCUACAGAUACUAAUCCCAUUUAUCAGCAAUAUUACUCAAUUAUAUUGAGUCCUAAUGAAGGGUCUUGACCCCAAAUGUUGAUUGUUUAUUUCCCUCCAUAGAUGCUGCCUGACCUGUUGAGUUCCUCCAGCAUUUUGUGUGUGUUGCCCAUUUAUCAGCACUUGGCCUCUGACCUACUGCUCCUUGUCAACUCCUGUGCUCAUUCAGAUGCUUCUUAAAAAGAGUACCUGUCUCCACCACCUUCUCAGGACUGAUUGCAAACACUCUCUGAAUGAAAAAAUUCUUCAUCAAAUCACCUCUGAACCUUUUACUCCACUCCUUAAACCUAUGCCCUCUGGUUUUUGACAUCUCUGUUAUGGAAAAAAAUACUAUCACUAUUUAUGGAGACACAAGAAAUCUUGCGGAUGCUG